AAACCUUGUAAGUCAUCUGAUCUAGGCAAUUAUCCUAAUCAAUCAGGCAGCUGAAUUAGAAAUUGAAGCAUAUCCUCUGCUGGAUGAACUUACAUCAAAGAUCAGUACCUUAAACUUGGAACGUGCACGUCGAUUGAAAAGCAGACUUGUUGCUUUGACUCGAAGAGUUCAAAAGGUUAGGGAUGAGAUAGAGCAAUUAAUGGAUGAUGAUGGAGACAUGGCUGAAAUGUAUCUCACCGAGAAGAAAAGGCGGAUGGAAUCAUCAUUCUAUGGUGAGCAGUCUUUGAUGGGAUACAGAUCAAUUGAUGGUGCACUCUCUGUUUCUGCUCCAGUUUCUCCUGUUCCUUCACCUCCUGAGACACGGAGGCUUGAAAAAAGCUUAAGCGUCACAAGAAGCCGGCAUGAAAGUAUGAAGAGUUCAGAGAGUGCAACAGAGAGUAUAGAAGAGUUGGAGAUGUUGUUGGAAGCAUAUUUUGUUGUCAUUGAUAGCACCCUCAACAAGCUAACUUCGCUGAAGGAAUACAUUGAUGACACAGAAGAUUUCAUUAACAUUCAGCUGGUACGUGUUGUUUCUUUCUUAUAUGCUUGGUUUCGAGAAAGUGAAUCUAAUUGA